AUGGCCACCACGACCAUGAAAAGCAUCCUGUGUAUGUUUUAUUUUCUUGUUUGCACUCUCAUCAACGUAUUUCAAAACAUUGUCACACCUAAUUGUGCUCCGGACGUGCAAGUCUGCAGGCUGGAAUGGACAAUUGACUACAAGCAAACAAUGACUUAUUACGGAUCUGACGGAAUUGGACACCCAAUAGUGUCCAACAAUGGAACCUUUCGCCUCAGGGACACAUGUCAAACAUCCAAACCAACGACAGAAAAAGACUUGGAAAAUGUAUUACUGACCGAUGGACUCCACAAAUUGAUCUACACAAUCAAUGGACAGUAUCCUGGACCAACCGUCGUGGUGUAUCAAGGACAACAGGUAGAGGUGGUGGUGAAGAACAAACUACUUUCGGAGGGCGUCACAAUACACUGGCACGGCCUUAUACAACGGGGGACACCGUGGAUGGACGGCGUCGGAUCACUGUCACACUGCCCUAUCAAUCCAAUGGAAACGUUCGUUUAUAGUUUUUUGGCGGAUCCCGUCGGCUCACAUUGGUAUCAUUCUCAUCACGGACCGCAGAGGACGGAAGGACUUGCGGGGGCGUUGAUAGUGCUUAAGAAGCAAGAGGAGGAACAGGCAGGGGAGGUACAAAAGACUGAGUACUUGAUGUUCCUGCAAGACUGGUUCCAUAGAUCGUCAACAGAAUUAAACAAGUUCCUGGACUGGGGCAUGAUACAGUUUUUCUACGGAUUGGAUAACGACCAAUGUUCCACGGUGUAUUUUGGAGCAGACCAGGAGAACGUUGGCUUCAUCCCGUUGAACGCUAUACUUAUAAAUGGAAAAGGGAACACGUUUCUAACAGAUAUGACAACAAACAGUGCGCAGCAGACAUUAGAGACUUUUCACGUGACAGUUAAUAGUACAUACAGGUUCCGACUGGUCAACGCUGCCAUGACAUUUCCACUACUGCUAUCUGUAGACCAGCAUGAGGUGGAGGUUGUGGCUGUGGACGGGAAUGAGAUCGUUGGUGUGAAGGGUGAUGCUGUAAUUAUCAAUACUGGGGAGAGAUUGGACAUGCUGAUACGUACUUAUCAACAGGUCUCAAGUUAUUGGAUCAGAGUGUCUACGCUAGCGAACAAUCAACCCGACAAGACUCUGGGAUUACUACACUAUGAGGGAUCAGAUACCACUCUUCCUGUUACGGAGUCGACUAAGUGCAACGCUACAAGGCGAUGCCGAGUUGUCAACUGUUUAUUCGGGAAAUACCCGGAUGACCUGUAUACCGACUGUGUUUCACUUGGUGCUAUGAAAUCGACACCAGAGGAAAUUAAACGACAUCCAGUUUCUGUUGCGGAGUCCUUAGAUACAUUCCAGGAAAUAUUUCUAAACUUCCAUUACACCCGCGGAACCUCAUACCCGUUCCCAACUUCUGUAAGUGGGAAGAAGUUUAUCCGACCAUCUGUACCUUUACAGUUACUUCCCACGGCAAACGAUACAUACAUCGCCUGUGAAAACGUGGAAUGUCGGGACAUCUGUGACUGCACCAAUAUUGUCAAACUAGGCAUCAACAACACCAUCCAACUGGUUCUCCACAACAUGGAUGAAAGUAGAAAUGGUCUAAGUCAUGGCAUACACAUCCACGGCCAUCACGUUCAUGUGUUGAAGGUCGGUUACCCAAACUACAACAGUACUACUGGUAGGAUUAGUGAGCAGAAUUCUGACAUCCUAUGUGAUACACCGACUUGUAACAACGCUAGCUGGAGAGACCAAAGCUGGUCAGGUGGACAGUUGCCUGGUGCCAAUUUUGAAGACCCACCGUUAAAAGACACAAUCUUAGUGCCGCGCCAGGGAUAUGUGGUGGUGAGGUUUAAAGCUGACAACCCAGGCUUUUGGUAUAUGCACUGUCAUAUGGAACCCCACCAAAUCUCGGGAAUGACACUUAUUCUUCAAGAGGGCGACAUUGGACAAAUGCCACGACCUCCUGCAAAGCUACCCCGUUGCGGUAAUUUCUUCUCAGAUAUGGAUUCAGCAGAUCUUUCUAAAGCCAAGAACAGCCUUCUGAAAAACGCCAUGCCUUCAGAUCAGAUACGAGUGAUUAUUUUAUCGUCAACAGCGACCUUACAGCCGUGUGGAUCAGUGACAUAUUUGGAAUACUUCAAAAAGACAAAGGCAAAAUAUGUGGCGGCGAUAUCUGUAUUGAGUAUAUUCAACGCCGUAACACUUGUUGUGCUGUAUAUUACAGUAAAGUGUACAGCCAAGAAGGGUUACAAUAACAGAGUUAGAUAUAAGCGCAUCGAGAUCAACGAAAGGACGGAAGCAGAAGCAUUUAGGAAUCACGUGGACAAGCAGUCGUUUUAA